AUGUUGAGAAAUUUGUUGCUGGCUGAAAACGUAGUCUUGAAAAAUAGUCCAAAGAUCCUUGGUUCUGUACCAAACAAUCGUUGGCAACCAAAUAAACAGCAAACAAGAAAUUUGAAUGUUCAUGAACACAUAAGUUAUACUCUUUUAAAAGAUGCUGGAAUUACUGUCCCUAAAUUUGGGGUGGCCAAAACGAAGCAAGAGGCUAGACAAAUUGCUGAGAAAUUAAAUACCAAAGAAAUGGUUCUUAAAGCACAGGUCCUAGCUGGAGGACGUGGUAAAGGAAGUUUCAAAAAUGGUCUCAAAGGUGGUGUUCUUAUGGUUUAUUCGCCUAAAGAAGCAGAAGAUAUUUGUGGCCAAAUGCUGGGUCAAUAUUUAGUAACAAAACAAACUGGAGAGAAAGGUAGAAUAUGUAAUGCUGUGAUGGUAGCAGAACGUAAAUUUCCUAGGAAGGAGUUCUAUUUUGCAGUUAUGAUGGAAAGAGCAUUCAAUGGUCCUGUUAUCAUAGCUUCUUCACAAGGAGGUGUAAAUAUUGAAGAAGUAGCUGCAGAAAACCCUGAUGCUAUACUGUAUGAGCCUAUUGAUGUUAUGAAAGGCUUGACUAAAGAGCAAAGUGAAAAAAUAGCUGUUAAGGUUGGCCUACAGUCACAAAAAGAAAAAACUGCUGAUAUGCUCAUGAAAAUGUAUGACCUCUUCAUAAAAAAAGAUGCAUUGCUCAUUGAAAUCAACCCAUAUGCUGAAGAUGUAGGAGAAACAUAUUUCUCACUUGACGCCAAAUUUCGAUUCGAUGACAAUGCGCAUUUCCGUCAAAAGGAAAUCUUCGCGCUAAGAGAUCUUUCUCAAGAAGAUGAAAAAGAAGUGGCUGCAUCGAAAUUCGACCUCAACUACAUUGCUUUAGACGGCAACAUUGGAUGCAUGGUAAAUGGCGCUGGUCUAGCCAUGGCUACCAUGGAUAUCAUCUCGCUCCACGGGGGCUCACCAGCAAACUUCCUAGAUGUAGGAGGUGGCGCUACCGCCUCUGCCGUCAAAGAGGCCUUCAAAAUAGUCACCUCCGACCCGAAGGUGCACGCCAUCCUCGUGAACAUCUUCGGCGGCAUCAUGAGAUGUGACGUCAUCGCCGAGGGCAUCAUCUCGGCGGCCAAAGAGCUGCAACUCAAGAUGCCGAUCGUGUGCCGGCUGCAAGGGACGAACGUCGACGAUGCCAAAGUGUUGAUCGCCUCGUCCGGCCUGAAAAUCCUGCCGGUCGACAAUCUGGACGAGGCCGCACGAUUGGUCGUCAAAUUGUCGAGUAUUGUCAGUUUGGCGCGCGAUGCGAAACUGGAUAUCAACUUCGAGAUGCCUCUGUAGGUCGUUCGAAUUCUGGCUGGCAGUAUUUACAGGUUAG